UAAAAACAGUAGUUUCUGCUGUUUUGGAAAAACAUUCUACGACUAUUAUGUCCUCGUCAUUCCAAAAUAAAAGCCUUCACUGAAACAGAAACAGAAGCAAAACAAAAAAACCAACGCCUAGGCAUUUAAUACCUAUGAUUGAUCCCAUCUUUUUAUGGUCUCAAAUAUUUUUGAAUUCAUCAUCCACAUGAUUAUGGGCUUUUCCUUGGGAACAUGAGACUGGGUUUUCUAGAUAGACUUUAGUAGCUGUUCCUGAAUUCCUUUCUGUGUUUUUGAAUAAAAUCCAGGGGUUUCUGAACUGCAAAAUGACUGCUGGAGUUGGAGUCAGUAGCAGCGUUGGGGAGGAAGACUUUGACGAUUUCCCAGUGGGUAUGCGUAUUCUUGCUGUUGAUGAUGACCCAAUUUGCUUGAAGUUGCUGGAACACAUGCUUAUGAAAUGCCAGUAUCAUGUAACAGUAACAAAUCAAGCAAGAGUGGCACUGAAGAUGUUGAGAGAAAACAAAGACAAAUUUGACCUGGUUAUCAGCGAUGUCCACAUGCCUGAUAUGGAUGGUUUUAAACUGCUAGAGCUUAUUGGUCUUGAGAUGGAUCUUCCUGUCAUUAUGUUGUCAGCAAAUGGUGACACCAGACAAGUGAUGAAGGGAGUUAGUCACGGGGCUUGUGACUACUUGGUGAAGCCAGUGCGGAUUGAGGAGCUAAGGAAUAUUUGGCAACAUGUAAUCAGAAGAAAGAAGUUUGAUUCCUCCAAAACCCAUAAUUGCAAGUCUGGUGGUGAUCCUCAUUGUGGAAGUGAUCAGGAAAGUGGACUUGGGGACGACCAACUAUCCGCUUGUGCUGCUGCUGCUGACCACAAUGAAAGAAUUGAUAAUCAUAAUCAUAAUAAUAAUAAGAGAAGAAGGGAAGACCAAGAAGAGGAUGAGAGUGAUGAUAAUGGAGAUGAGGACUCAAAGCAGAAGAAGGCUAGGGUUGUUUGGUGUAUUGAACUUCACAGGAAGUUUGUUGCAGCCGUGAACCAAUUAGGCAUUGAAAAAGCUGUACCAAAAAGAAUUCUUGAACUGAUGAAUGUUGAAGGGCUUACCCGUGAAAACGUGGCAAGCCAUCUCCAGAAAUACAGGAUAUACUUGAAAAGAAUCAGUCUGGUUCCGAGUCCGUAUGCCAACAUGGCAGCUUCUUUUGGAGGAAAGGAUUCUUCUUAUAAUACGCGUAUGAGUUCAUUGGAUGGGUUUGGAGAUUUUGGAGUGCUGACUGGACCUGGAAGAUAUAAUCAUGCUGCUGCUAUAUCAUCAUCGUCUUCAUACACACCAAGCAGCCUGCUUGGCAGGCUAAAUACUUCUGCUGGUGUGAGACUUCAAAACCUUAACUCACUCAGUUUGCUCCAACCGAACCACCUCCAACCUUUGGGCAACUCCACCCUUGGUCCCCUAGGAAAGUUCAACUCAAAUCCCCAAAACUCAAUUGGUUCAUUUCUUGGAAUUCCAUCACUAGAGCUUAACCAAUUGCAACACAGUAAGUUCAGCACAAGUGUACAGGACCUGAAUCCUUUCAGCAGCUCAAGGCUUGUUACAUCUGCUGUUAGUAGCAGCACAUGCACGGGUUCUGGAUCAAUGAAUGCUUCGAUCCUUCAAGGGAACUCCCAUCAAGAAAAGAAUAAGGGAGGGUUAGGAAACUCACAUUCUUUGAGGUCUGACCUUUUAUGCACAGGCGCUUCGAAGCAGCUCGGUGGAAAUCAAUUGAGAUGGAAUUACUCUUCAGCAGGCCCUCGUUUACAGGGUAGCCCUCUUCUCAGUUAUUCUUCCACUGCCUCAGCUUCUAUGCCUUUUGAAGAAGACUCAAGGGGACAGAGACCAUAUCAUGAAGGAGGUUUCACUGGUAAUCAGGUACCUAGCCUGCUGUGGGGAGAGCGUGCAAAUAAUCACAACUCCAUUGAUGUUCUUAGCAACUCAGUCCCUGCUAAUGACGACUUUAUGCCAUUUAUUAUAAACCAGAGCGUUGACCAGAAUAAUGAUGUCUUUGUCAGAAAGAUGGACACCUCUGUAUUUGGUCAAUCAACAAAUGGAGGCUCUCCAGUUCUCUUUCAAGACUCAAAGUUGAGAUCAAAUGAGGACAGCCUUUUGAACUCGUCAAAGGAACAGGUUUCUUAUCCUUCUCAAAGUUAUGAAUCUUGGGAUGAUUUAGUGGAUGCAAUAAUUAAGCAGUGCAGGAACAAAAUGGAGACAUAUUUGAUGGAGAGUUUGGAUUCGGAUUUGAUGCACACUCAUUUGGGUCUUGAGAAAGACAAUGGUUUGUGUGGGAAGCAGAGAAUCAAGGGAAGGAGGAUGCCAGGAUCAGCUUUCAUCUUUCAUCUAGCAGACUGAGAGUGAUAAAAAAGCUCUACUUUCUUAGAUUUAUGAGUAAUUUUUUCAGCAGCUGUACAAAUAUCUUACAAACUUUUAAAGUACAAGUUACCCGUUUCUUCUCAUUUCGUUUGACACCUCAACAAUUUUGGAACAUGAAGCCAGCAAACAUGUCAUGCUUGCCAUAUGUGUAUAUUCAUUUUAG